AUGGCGCCGAAAGGCUACCAAGUCCUGCGGCUGGCCCAAGCGUGCCCGAUCGUGCUGCCGCUGACAAUCGCCCACCAGUGUGGCCAGGCGUUUCGGUGGCGCAAGGUGCUACUUCCAGCGACCGAGUACGAACCUCGGCGCCUCGAAUGGUCCUUGUGCCUGCGCGACCGCGUCGUCUUUUUGCAGCAUGACCGUGCGUCGAAUUGCCUGUACUACCGCUCCGUCUUUCCAGAAGGGUACUCGCCGCGCGAGCCGACGGCCAUUUGGCUACAAGACUAUCUGAGUCUGGAGGCACCGACGUCCGAAUGGUACGCGGAGUGGUGCGAAAAAGAUCCAGUCUUUGCCAAGCACGCAAAGCGGUUCGCCGGCGCGAACAUCCUGCGGCAGGAUCCGUGGGAGUGCAUGUGCGCCUUUAUCUGCAGCUCCAAUAACAAUAUUCCCCGCAUCAGCCAGAUGGUGCACAAGCUGUGCGAGCACUUUUCGCCGCUCCAGCAUGUCGAGACUUAUCCCCCCGGCACGCGGCUGUGCCACACGCUUGACGUCUCGGAGCUGGAGGAGCCUGUGGACGAAAAGUGCACACUAGCUUACCACCCCUUUCCCCCGCCGACGUGCCUUGCAGCGCCCGAGGUCGAGGGCAAGCUCCGUACGCUUGGGUUUGGGUACCGGGCCAAGUAUAUUGCCAAGACGGCGCAGAUGCUCUGCGACCAAGCGCGUGCGGCGCUGCCCGACGGCGCGAGCGACGAAAAAGUCGACGAGGCCGUCUAUGCCUACCUCUUGUCCCUGCGCUCGCUCCCCUACUACGAGGCCCGCGAGGCGCUCACGCAGUUCGCGGGCAUCGGCCCCAAAGUCGCCGACUGUAUCCUACUCAUGUCGCUCGACCAGGCCGAGAGCAUUCCCGUCGACCGCCACGUAUUCCAAUUUGCCGAGCGGUGGUACGGCAUCCGCUCCAAGCGCUAUGAAGACGUCGCCGACAGGCUGCGUGCGAUUUGGGGCGCCCGCGCAGGAUGGGCGCACUCGGUGUUGUUUUACGCAGACCUGCGCUCCUUUUCGGCCUACGAGCCCGAAACCACGCAUGCCAAGCCCGAAAUCAAAGACGAGCCGUUUAGUCCGUGGUCGGCGCGCCGGGGCUUGGGCACGCCCAUGGGGAAGGGUAUGCGCACCCCAGACCGCCAUGGAGGCACACCGCGUGCCGACACGCCGAUCGAGCGCACCAAUAUCUCGGCAAAGGAACGCGAACAGCAGCUGCAGAAAAUGCUCUCAGGCCUCGUGUCGGUCGUUGACCAUGUGGACAUGGACCGCGCGCAUAUCCCGGGUCUGCUGUGUCGCCUGCUGCCCCACCAAGUCCAGGGUGUCGAGUGGAUGCGCCAGCGCGAGCGUGGCGAUAUCAAGGGCGGCAUUCUCGCUGACGAUAUGGGUCUGGGCAAGACUGUUCAGAUGCUCGCGCUGAUCAUGUCGCACCGUCACCUCGACCAGAUCAAGGGGAGCGAUGGAAAAGGCAAUCUGAACGAUAAGCUCUUUCACGAAGACACCGACGUACGGAAAAAGCCCUUUCAAAGCACGAGCAAGCCGACGAAGCUCGCUGCACCGGGCCUGGAUGCGGACCCAGACGGCGAUGUGUUUGCUGACGACGUCGACAAUAUGCUGGCAAAACGUGCGCGCCAGGUGUUUGUUUCGAAUACCAAGACGACGCUCAUCAUUGCGCCCCUCGCUGUCGUCGAGCAGUGGCACAAGGAAGCGAACGAAAAGACCGGACACAAGCUCAAGGUCUAUGUGCAUCAUGGCCCCGGCCGCGCCAAGACGCCCGAAGUUUUACAGAAGGCCGACGUGGUCGUGACAACAUAUGCGACAGCUGCCAAUGAGCAUGCGCAGUACAUGGCGAGCCUGGGCCAGAUCGAGUCAAAAGGCUCGAAAAAGAAACCCAUCAUACUCGACUCGGACGAGGAUAGCAGUGAAGACGAUCUCGCGUCGUCCGACUCGGACACGCCGCUCAAGCGCGCGCCGCCUGCGGCCAAGAAGCAGGCCACUGCGCCCCUGUUUCGGGCCAAGUGGCUGCGCAUCGUGCUCGACGAGGCGCAAAACAUUAAAAACUACCGCGCCAAGAGCAGCAAGGCAUGCUUUGAGCUCUCGCUGAACGCUGCCGCACGAUGGUGCUUGACCGGCACGCCGCUCCAGAACAAUGUGAUGGAGCUCUUUAGCCUGAUGCACUUUCUCCGUGCGGCGCCGUUUGACGAUUAUAGUCAUUUCCGGCGGAUGAUUGACGAGCCCCUAAAGAACAACAAUACCGCGCACCACAGUCACGGAAUGAAGCGGCUUUGUGCUGUGCUGCGUACGAUCAUGCUGCGCCGCACCAAAGACGCACAGUACGACGGCAAGCCCCUCUUGCAGCUUCCUGGGCGCACGGUUGAUGUGGUCACGACCGAGUUUGCGUCGGACGAUGAGCGCGAGUUUUACCGCGACAUUGAGAACCGCAUGAAAAAGGUGCUGGACAAGAAUGGCAAAAUGGACGCGAUGGGCAUGUUGGUCAUGCUGCUCCGUCUGCGCCAAGCAUGCAACCACCCUGCGCUGAUUACCUCGACGUCGAGCGCGCCCCAAACAGAUGCGCGCGAGGCGCCCAAGGCCGCCGCACAAGACGUGGGUGCCGAUCCGGACGAUGAGCUUGCCGACCUCCUUGCCGGCCUCUCCGUCCAGGCGCGACACUGUGAGCGGUGCCAGGUCGUGCUGCCCAAGACCUACGAACCGGUUCUUUGUGAGGGGUGUCAAGCGCAAGCCGCUGAGGAGGCCAAGCGAGGUAUCGUGUGGAAGGAGCGCACGUCGACCAAGCUUGCCAAGACCAUGGCGCUGCUCGAAGAGUUCCGGGCGCAGGACAAGCACGACAAGACCAUCAUCUUUAGCCAGUUUACCUCUUUCUUGGACCUGCUCGAAGGCGCCCUCAGCAAGACGGGCAUCGAGUUUGUGCGGUACGACGGCAAAAUGACGCGGACUGCACGCGAGCUUGCCCUGACCAAGAUCCGCACGCAUGAGGCAACCAAGGUCAUCCUUAUUUCGUUCAAGGCCGGCAGCACGGGCCUGAACCUGACCUGCUGCAACCGCGUGAUUCUAUGCGACCUAUGGUGGAAUCCCCAGAUUGAGGAGCAGGCUUUUGACCGAGCGCACCGCCUCGGGCAGGCCAAGGACGUGUAUAUUUACAAGCUUUCCAUUUCGGGCACCGUCGAAGAGCGUAUUUUGGCGCUCCAGCAAAAGAAGCGCGAGCUCGCACGCACGGCCCUCGAUGGCAGCAGCCCCGCGCAGGCGUCACGGCUUUCCGCGGAAGAAUUGGCCUAUUUGUUUCGGGGCGCAGUGUAA